CCCGGCAGCAUGGCGGCGGCCAGGGCGGAGCGCUGCUAGUGACAGCCACUGCGCUCGUAGUGGGCUCUUUCCCGGGGUAAAGGGUGUGUGGCCUCAGCUUGGGAGGGUGCUCCGGCGCCCCUCACCUCUCUCCUGCUUCCGAAGUCCCCCCAGAUUGUGCUCCAGGCGGGCCGGUGUUCUCCGGGGGGCGAGAGGCCGGCCGAGGCGGGGUUCGGCUUCCGCUGCGGGGCUAGUUCGGGGCGCAUCUCGCUCUCUCUCUCUCGCCGGCUCCGUCCAUCGUCCUUUCUGCAGCCUCCUCCCCUCGCAGGCGGAUGACACGGACGAAGGACCGGGGCCCGGCGCCCCGGGGUUGCCGGGGAACCCGAAGGCCGAGCUCCCUGAGGUCCCUGAUCGGGAAGGGCUGCAGCGCAUCACGGGCAUAUCCGCGGGCCACUCGGCUCUCAUCGUGGCCGUCCUGUGCUACAUCAACCUCGUCAACUACAUGGACCGCUUCACCGUAGCCGGUGUCCUUACCGACAUCGAGCAGUUCUUUGACAUCGGGGACGGUAGCUCCGGCCUCAUCCACACCGUGUUUAUCUCCAGCUACAUGGUGUUGGCUCCUGUGUUUGGCUACUUGGGGGACAGAUACAAUCGGAAGUAUCUCAUGUGCGGGGGCAUUGCCUUCUGGUCACUGGUGACCCUGGGGUCAUCAUUCAUCCCUAGAGAGCGGUUCUGGCUGCUGCUCGUGACCCGGGGCCUGGUGGGGGUCGGGGAGGCCAGUUACUCCACCAUCGCCCCCACCCUCAUCGCUGACCUCUUUGUGGCUGACCAGCGAAGCCGGAUGCUCAGUGUCUUCUAUUUUGCCAUCCCAGUGGGCAGUGGCCUGGGAUAUAUUGCAGGCUCCAAAGUAAAGGAUGUGGCUGGUGACUGGCACUGGGCUCUGAGGGUGACCCCAGGACUGGGCGUGGUGGCAGUUCUGCUGCUGUUCCUGGUGGUGCGGGAGCCACCCCGGGGUGCCGUGGAGCGACAUUCAGACUCUCCACCCCUGAAUCCCACAUCCUGGUGGGCAGAUCUCAGGGCUCUGUCCAGGAACCCCAGUUUCAUCCUGUCCUCGUUGGGCUUCACGGCAGUGGCCUUCGUCACGGGUUCCCUGGCUCUGUGGGCACCUGCAUUCUUGCUGCGUGCCCGUGUGGUCUUGGGGGAAACACCCCCCUGCCUUCCUGGAGACUCCUGCUCCUCCUCUGACAGUCUCAUCUUUGGGCUCAUCACCUGCCUGACGGGAGUCCUUGGAGUGGGCCUUGGUGUGGAGGUCAGCCACCGCCUUCGCCGCUCCAACCCCCGGGCCGAUCCCCUCGUGUGUGCCGCCGGACUCCUGGGCUCUGCGCCCUUCCUCUUUCUGGCCCUCGCCUGUGCUCGUGGAAGCAUCGUGGCCACCUAUAUCUUCAUCUUCAUCGGGGAGACACUGCUGUCCAUGAACUGGGCCAUCGUGGCGGACAUUCUGCUGUAUGUGGUGAUCCCCACACGCCGCUCCACAGCUGAGGCUUUCCAGAUCUUGCUGUCACAUCUGCUGGGGGAUGCUGGGAGCCCCUACCUCAUGGGCCUGAUCUCCGACCGCCUGCGCCGGAAUUGGCCUCCCUCCUUCCUGUCCGAAUUCCGGGCACUGCAGUUCUCACUCAUGCUCUGCGCCUUUGUUGGGGCUCUCGGAGGUGCUGCCUUCCUGGGCACUGCUUUGGUGAUCGAGGCUGACCGGCGGCGUGCCCAGCUCCACAUGCAGGGUCUGUAUCAUGAGGCCGGAUCUGCUGAUGACCGGAUCGUGGUGCCCCAGCGUGGCCGCUCCACCCGGGUCCCUGUGUCUAGCGUCCUCAUCUGAGGCUACUGCUGCCUGCUCACUCAGCACAGCUGCCUGGAUGCUCCUGCAGGCGUGGGGACCAGGCCCACAGCCCCAGCCCCUGCCCCAGCCUGGCCCAGCUUUGAGGAGGCUAUGGCCAUGAUUCGGCCCCCAGACACUACAUGGACUGUGCAGGGAGCAGCAGGAGGCUGGGGGGCAUCUGGGAAAGGUACCUCGUUUAGGAUGUGCGGGGGUUCGGUGCUAUUUGUAAGGGAAUAAAUUUGUAGUCGGACCUUCA